AUGCGAUUCCUCCGCUCGUUAAUUCCUUCAAUACUGCUUCUGGGGGCUGGUGUAGCAGAGGCAGCUUCGUCAUGGAGUUUUGAGGAUGCUACCAUUUCUGUCAAUUCGAAAGCUGGGGGUACAUUUAAGGACAAACUCUCGAACAAGGCUCCCCUAGCGAAGCCCGUUGCAUUGGGCUCAACAGAUACACUCAAGAUAAUUCUCACAGCUAAAGAAGACGGCACAGCGAAACGGCCACACCAAGCUUUCCUACUGCUCACAGAUCAGGACACUGGGCUCGAGGCCACCCUUCCAUUCUCAGUCAAGGAUACUGGGAAGGGCAAAGUGGACUUCACGCAAAAAGACCUUCCCAUUCAACUCCUUACUACAUCUCAACCCCUCCGCGCAACCCUUCUCCUCGCAUCAUUCGGCUCCUCUAAACCAUUGAGUAGUCAUGUCUUUGACCUCGAGGUUAAGCCCGACCCCAAUUUUGGCUUGCCGAAAUACGAGAAGCCGCUUCGAUAUGGGAAGUUAGCGGAGAUCCAUCAUAUUUUUAAAGAGGACCCGAAGAGUGGCCCGAAGAUUAUUAGCAUAUUUUUCACGCUGGCGGUGGUGGCUACUGUGCCUGUUUUGCUAGGAGCGUGGGCAUACCUCGGAGCCAACCUCUCCCACCUUGCGGAAGCUACAUCUUCAGCGCCUAUCGCGCACGGUCUAUUCUUCGGCUCAAUUCUGUCAAUGGAGGGCAUUUUCUUCAUGUACUACUCUAGCUGGAAUUUGUUCCAGACUCUACCUAUUGCUGGACUUGUAGGAUUGGUUGCGUUCUUGAGUGGCAGUAAAGCCUUGUCUGAGGUUCAGAGCCGCCGACUGGCUGGGAAGCGGUAAACAGCGGGAGAGCCUGCAGCUCAAAAUGACAGUCGAUGGUGGAAAACUAUUGCAUUGGGUCUAAAAAAUGGUACGGAGUAGUGUUUGAAAUGAGGGCAUGUACAAUACCAUAUCGAGACGACUGUAUCCAAUAUUCAAACUGUUCACUCAAGGUUUGCAGGAUGGGUGAUUGUGAUACCUAGGUCUUGCCCUCUUUCAAUCACUGAAGCCUUUGCAGUUCUAGGUGGACUUUUGGCGUUGAGCAAUCCUCAGGUCGAAUAUCACAACUAGUCAAUGAUUGGAGUUCUGUAGCCGUCUCAUCUGUUUGCUUCACUCGUACACUCAUGAUGUGGGAGCAAUUCAGGGGAAUCGGACAGACCACGGGCCGUUUAGCUGGGAAUGUUGACUUUUUGGGCGGUAUAUGCAAAUGCUUAAUGCCCGACUUGAUCUCG